UCCUUUGUCUUGGCUUAAAACAACAAUGCAUCUGGAAAAGGCUUGUUGUAAACUGUCUUUUAGUGACUAUUUUAGCUUUUGGUAUCAAAGAUCUCAUGUUUCUUUUCGGUUCUUCUUCAGGCAAGGCUUUUGACAUCACUUACGUGCGACUCAAGUUCCACACCAGCCGCCCAGAGAGCUUCGCCAUCUACAAGCGCACAAGUGAGGAUGGACCAUGGACACCCUACCAGUACUACAGUGGCUCCUGUGAGAAGACCUACCAGAAGUUCAACAGGGGCUUCAUCCGCACCGGAGAGGACGAACAGCAGGCCCUGUGCACAGACGAGUUCAGUGACAUCUCACCCUUGACCGGAGGAAACGUGGCCUUCUCCACCCUUGAGGGCCGGCCCAGUGCUUACAACUUUGACAACAGCCCAGUUCUUCAGGUAAAGAAAAAAACUCAGCUGUUUUAGAGACCUUGAUAAAAUAACUUUGUGUGAUCGUCUCCAAUACUGUAUGUUCCAGCUCAGUUCUGUUUUAUAGUGUUCUAGAGACCUUGAAAUAGGAACUUCGUGUGAUGCUUUUGUUCCAGCUCCAGAUAUGUGAUAUCCCAGACUUGUGUGUCCCUGGGUGGCUGUUAUUAUUUUGUUUUAUUUUUCCAGGGCUGUCUGAGGUACAGCGUUAGUAGUACAUCUUAUAUCAGUAGCGUUGAGGCAAUCAAUGAUGUGGACAUAGUAACGAUAAGUUGGCCCGUAGACUUGAGAUAUUUUGGCAUGGACAUAUGUGCUGUUGGCAGGCGUUCCCAGUGGAAGGGAGUAGCACACUAGUCCAGGUGGGAAAGUGUGAGAGCCUGACCAGUGCCAAGUGUUGCAACAUGUUGCUAGGUGACGCCCCCAGAUUUCCCACUACAGUACAGAUUGAAUUUGGCUCUUCAGAGGCACAGCUGGAAAUGUUUGUUGCGCAUUGCUUUCAGCAAGUGAGAAUUUGUGUGUGUUUCCAGACGAAGCCCUGGGAGACUAAUAGCCUAUAUCAGACUUUAAACCCAAAUGACUCCAAUAACAUUUAAUCAAAUAAAAUUGUAUUUGUCGCAUGCUCCGAAUACAACAGUUUUAGGCUUUACUAUGAAAUGCUUACUUACGAGCCCUUUCCCAACAAUGCUGAGUUAAAAGUAAGAGAAUUAGCAAAUAGAAAAAUAGUAACAAAAUAUAUAUCAAUAAUGAGGCUAUAUACAAGGAGUACCAGUACUGAGUCAAUGUGCAGGGGUAAGAGGUAGUUGAGGUAACAUGUAGGUAGGGGUAAAAGUGACUAGGCAAUCAGGAUGGAUAGAUAAACAGAGUAGCAGCGGCGUGUGUGUGUUGGAGUGUCAGUGUAAGUAUGUGUGGGUAGAAUGAAGUGAAUGUGCAUUGUCAGUGCAAGAGAGUCAGUGCAAAAAAGGGUCCAUGCAAAUAAUCCGGGUAGCCAUUUGAUUAACAGUUCAGCAGUCUUAUGGCUUGGGGGUAGUAGCUGUUCAGGAACCUUUUGGUCCCAGACUUUGCACUCUGGUACCGUUUGCUGUGCGGUAGCAGAGUGAACAGUCUAUGGCUUGGGUGGCUGGGGUCAUUGACAUUUUUCUGGGCUUUCCUCUGACACCGCCUGGUAUAGAGGUCCUGGAUGGCAGGGCGCUCGGCCCCAGUGAUGUACUGGUCCGUCCGCACCACCCUCUGUAGCGCCUUGCGUCAUCAGUGGAUCUGUUGGGGCUGUGGGCAAAUUAGUCCAGGGUGUCUGGGAUGAUGGUGUUGAUGUGAGCCAUCACCAGCCUUUCAAAGCAUUUUAUGGCUACAGUUGUGAGUGUUACAGGGCGAUAGUCAUUUAGACAGGUUACCUUGGCGUUCGUGGGCACAGGGACUAAGGUGGUCUGCUUGACCACCAUAGUAUUAAAGACUGGGUCAGGUAGAGGUUAAAAAUGUAAGUGAAUGCACUUGCCAGCUGGUCAGCGCAUGGUCUGAGUACUUGUCCUGGUAAACUGUCUGGCCCCGCGGGCUUGUGAAUGUUAACCUGUUUAAAGGUCUUACUCACAUCGGCUAUGGAGAGCCAAAUCACACAGUCGUCUGGAACAGCUGGUGCUCUCAUGCAUGGUUCAGUGUUGCUUGCCUCGAAACGAGCAUGGAAAGUAUUUAGCUCCUCUGGUAGGCUCACGUCACUGGGCAGCUCGCGGCUGGGUUUCCGUUUGUAAUCCGUGAUAGUUUGCAAGACCUGCCACAUCCGACAAGCGUCAGAGGAUUCGAUCUUAGUCCUGUAUUAACGCUUUGCCUGUUUGAUGGCUCAUCGGAGGGCGUAGCGGGAUUUCUUAUAAGCGUCUUACUUACUAUGUUCAUGUAAGAAAGUUGUAUCUGUAGGCUACUUCUAAAGGGUUUAUCUUUAUGUAGGCUAACUGCCUUUUUGCUAAUGAAAAGUAGUCAGCAGAUGCCUGGUAAUUUCUGAUGUAUUAUCUGCUAUUGGCUGCUCUUGCAAUUUUCCACCGGUGUGGAAUAACCUGGCUUUCAUAUGUAAUACUCUACCUCUAACAAAUGAACACAUUUAGCUCUGGCGCUAUAUACUUCCAUAUUUGACUUUCUCAUGUGGCAUAUGGUUAUUUAUACCAAAGCCCUGGACUCUUUUGGAAGGGAUACCUUUCUGAGGCUUCACAGGGCUAUGUUCCAGGAUAGUUGUAUUUGUUAAGUGGAGUCUCUAGGUAAUAUUUGAAUAACUGUUAAAUAUUAUUUAUUAUGGGAUAGCAACCAUUUUCGUACAACAACAAAAUCAACCAAAACCUUUUCACACAGACUCACUCUGUAUACAGAAAAUAUAGCCUACAAGUGUCUCAGUAAGAUAAUUAACUGAAAAAACCGAAUAUUUACAUCCAGCUUUAAAUGUCUGCCUGGAUACAGUUGGAAAUGUAUAAGCGGAUUGAGUGAUAGUGCCAGAGAAGUCAAUAAAGGAGUCGACCAGGAGAGCCAUUGGCCCCGUGCCUGAGACAGACUCAUGGCUGCCCUAUGGAUGUGUCAGACUGUUCUAGGAGAGUUAGGCUAUAAGUGGCAAAACAUUGGAGCUGUUGUCAGCAGAAACUCUAGCCUGAAAUAUGUUUUUAAUUAGUCUACUGGUAGUAGUUAGGCUCCAACUAAUUCUGCAGAAUGUUUGUUGGCAAAUCAUUUUGCCCGUGCAAGGGAGAUACACACUUGACUUGGCUGCAUUUACAACUCCUCUUCAGAAAUAAUCUAUUUAUUCUAAACCUGCAUGUGUGGAACAGGACAGAUUAUUAUGUAUUUAUUUUACAGAUGUUAUGCUAUGGUUUCCAACUUUCUUGGUAAUACUACUUGAGCGAUCUUCCGGUGCUCAAUCCAGAUUUGUCCUCUUCUGCUGUAAUUCUAAACAAGCAAACAAAAGGCUUUGGAUAUGUUGUUCUGAUCCCAGGACCAGUCUGAUUCCAUGAGAAUGUCUGAGGUUUGGUUUAGAUUAGUUUGGCUGUAUUUAUUUUUCUUCUAAGCAGCUGCACUAGGACCAGGGAUAGGGCUUAAUCUCCCAUUUCAAAUGGAAACAUUCAACACGAUAAGAAUUCCUUUCAAGUCAAACACACCUAUCGUGCAGUUAACUUUGGAGUCUCCAAUCCUCUCUCCCUUUUCUCGUCCGUCAAACAAAGUUGUAAAUUAAUAACUCUCCAAACAUAUUUAGCAGGCAAUGCCUGGCUGUGUUUUAACACUGUCCGUUUGUCUUGUUUUUCAGGAAUGGGUGACAGCCACAGAUAUCAAAGUGACCCUGAACAGGCUCAAUACAUUCGGAGAUGAAGUUUUCAAUGAUCCCAAGGUCCUAAAGUCCUAUUACUACGCUAUCUCAGACUUUGCAGUGGGAGGAAGGUGAGAGCUGUUCCCUCAGCUGUAUUCUAUCUCCAUCUUCCAACAGCAUCCGCUGCCUGGCUUUUCCGUUGUUCAGAUUUUUUUAUUUUACCAAUACCAUUGAAUAGCAAUUUUGCACACACGCACAAAAACAUAAUAAUAUAAUAUGCCAUUUAGUGGACGCUUUUAUCCAAAGCGACUUACAGUCAUGUGUGCAUACAUUUUUACGUAUGGGUGGUCCCGGGGAUCGAACCCACUACCCUGGCGUUACAAGCGCCAUGCUCUACCAAUUGAGCUACAGAGGACCACAAUUAUUUUUGAUGAAUAAUUAAUCAUACAAACAUUUUUAAUUUGGUGUUGUCUCUUCUAGGAAUUAGAGCAUAAAAAGGAAAAAUAGCAACAAAUCGUAUUAUAUUCCUUUAAAGGAGGAGGCCCUGUCUAUUAGCCACACAGCAUGUUUUCUCUAGUGCAUAUUCACUCUCUAGUUUUUUUGGUAUGACGCCCUGGAAUGACUGCAAGAAUAGGAAUCACUCUGUUGGAUUAAAGAAAAAAUGUCUAAUCGAUGAUCAUUAUCAAACCUCAAGUGCUGACAGCAAAGAUGUUUUUGUCUGGGUGUUGUUGAAUCAAUAAUCUAAAGUAGCAUAGUCUGUUGUCUUCAGAUCAACUUCAUAUCACAUAUCUGGCCACAUUUUACAUUGUGUGGGUUCAUUCUCAGCAGCUCAACCAAGAAUCCAAAAAAUCCCUCCCAAGUUCUGAACUGAAAUGCCAGAAGAGAAUAGGGGAUCAGACACGUAUUAAACAAGUGUUAAACUGCCCUCUUGCCUGUGCAGUGUCUUUUCACCUUAAUCUGUUUGAAAUGUGGAGCAGAUUUCCAUUACACAGCCGCAUUCUUAGCAUUCCUGCCUGGGAGUGCUGGAUUACAGUGCACGGAGACCGGAAUGGGGCGGGCCCCAAUAUGACGGCAGAGAUGAGUCCAAGGACCAAGCCGGGCCAAGCUCGUGUGUAGUGGGCCUACUCUCCACCUGUCAGGGCACCAAGUUCACUGUCCAGCAGUCAGCCAUGUCAUCACAUCAACCAGCUAUAUAUUAUGAGGGGGAAAUGGAUUUGACUGAUAUUACACAUACUACAAAAUGGAAAAGACCGUGAGGGAGGUUGUCUUUGGUUUUCUAGAUGAACAAACAGCCUAUUAUUCUUAAUAGGCCCCUAAUGCUAUAGUGUCUUGCUUCCUGUUGUCACUUUUUCCACACUUCGCUGCCAAGUAACACCUGAAACAAUAUCCAAAGGUUGCUGCCAUGCAAGUCUUCUCUUGUUUGGAAGGGCUGGCCCUGUUGAAGUGUCUCAGGUGGAGAAGGUACAGCCUUUCUGCUUUGGGUAAACGCCAGGGCAAAUAAAACUCUCCCUGUGCCAAAAUUUUGAUUUGAUUAAUUAUGUAUUUGAUGAUGGAUCAAAUACUCAAUAACUCAAAUAAAUGUGUUUUCGUGAUUCCCAACAACAUACACUUAGAGUAAUGACUCUCAAAUAAACAUAAUGUAGGAUACAAAUAGUGGUGUGUUAGAUCAAAUCAAAUGUUUAUUGGUCACGUGCACACGGUACAGUGAAGAGCUUGCUUGCUAACUCUCCGCAACAAUGCAGUACAAAAACUAUAUAAAUCAAGAAUUAAAUGCCAAAAACAUAGUCCAAAAAUAACAAGUAGUAAUAAAAAGUAUAAAAGGAAAAAAAUUGGUAAUAAAAACUAGUAUGAGAAGUAUGUACAGCUCAGCGUUAAACACCAUAGUCCCCUCCAAGCUCAUCACCAAGCUAGUGACCCUGAGACUGAACCCCUCCCUCUGCAACUGUAUCCUGGACUUCCUGACGGGUCGGCCCCAGGUGGUGAGGGUAGGCAACAAGACCUCCGCCACGCUGACCCUCAACACGGGGGCUCCUCAGGGGUGUGUUCUAUGUCCCCUCCUGUACUCCUUUUUCACCCACGACUGCGUGGCCGCGCACAACUCCAAUACCAUCAAGUUUGCUGAUGACACAACGGUGUUAGGCCUGAUCACCAACAGCGAUGAGUCAGCCUACAGGGAGGAGGUCAGAGACAUAGCAGUGUGGUGCUAGGACAACAACCUCUCCCUCAACAUCAAGGAGCUAAUCGUGGACUAUAGGAGAAAGCGGGGAGAGCACGCCCCCAUCCACAUUGUCGGGGCUGUUGUGGAGCGUGUUGAGAGCUUUAAGUUCCUUGACGUAUACAUCACUAAGGACUUAACAUGGUCCAGACACACCCGCACAGUCAUGAAGAGGGCACGGUAGCGCCUCUUCCCCCUCAGGAGGCUGAAAAGGUGUGGCAUGGGCCCUCAGAUCCUCAAAGUUAUACAGCUGCACCAUCGAGAGUAUCUUGACAGGCUGCAUCACUGCUUGGUAUGGCAAUUGCACCGCCCUUGACCACAAAGCGCAACAAAGGGUGGUGAGGACAGCCCAGUACAUCACUGGGGCUGAGCUCCCUGCCAUCCAGGACCUCUAUAUCAGGCGGUGUCAGAGGAAGGCCCGAAACAUUGCCAAAGACUCCAGCCACCCAAGUCAUAGACUGUUCCCUCUGUUAACAUCUGGCAAACGGUACCAGAGCAUCGGCUCUCGGACCAACUGGCUCCGAGACCGCUUCUACCUCCAAGCCAUAAGACCACUAAAUAUUCAGACUGCUAAAUAGUCAAUUAAUGGUACCCAAACUAUCUGCACUGACGCUAUCUUGCACUGACCCUACACACACUCACUAGACUUUAUAUACACACCAUAUACACACUCACACACACUUCACUGUCACUCCCACACAAAUCCCUCACACAUUCAAACACUACAUACGCACACACACACAACACAAACACGCACACACACUUUUACACAUCAUUUGCUGCUGCUACGCUGUGCUGUAUUUUACUGUUAUUAUUAUCUAUCUGGAUGCCUAGUUACUUUACCCUGCUGUCAUGUACAUAUCUAUCUCAAGUACCUCGUACCCCUGCACAUUGAUCUGAUACUGGUACUCCCUGUAUAUACCGUCUUUCUUCUGUAUCUUAUUUUAUUCCUCUUUUUUAAACUAUUGUUGGGAAAGGUUCGUAAGCAAGCAUUUCACUGUAAAGUCUACCUACACCAGUUGUAUUCGGGGCAUGUGAUAAAUAACAUUUGAUUUGAUAGAAUAUACAGUAUGAUUUAUCAAAAUGAAGACCGUUCUAUACAUGUCGUAAAGUGACUUGCUAUAGCAAAUUGGAGUCAACGUUGACGUCAAAGUUUGCUGCUAUCUGUCAUGCUAAUGUGGAUUGAUGAACACCUAUUUGUAGAUGACUGUAAAUAUAAUCCAGUGUUUCCCCUGUAGGGAGAUUAGGAGCAAGCGGUGGCUGUGCUCUCAUUCGUGCCACUGUUCACUCUGAUUGCUAGCAAUAUACAUUGUAACUUGACACUCUGAUCUUAAAGGGAUAGUGUGAGAUUUUGGCAAUUAAGCCAAAAUGGCGGGGCAACGCUUCUAAAUGAAUAAAGAGGAAACACUGUAAUCAUGCUACUAUCCUGUGCUGACAAGUUAUCGACUUAAAAUAGCUUUCACUCUAAGGCGAUUGACUGAUAUGAUUGCACUGAAAAUAAGUGCCACUGAUAUACAGUAUGGUUGGACUAUUAGACUGCUUAACCAAGUAAUCACAUCCAUUAAUUAAAAACGGAGUUCCAUUUUAUGCUUACGGUCUGGUCCUCUAAGACCAGUGCAAAGGUCCACUGGUCAAGGCCCAUGUUCAUAAAGCGUCUCAGAGUAGGAGUGCUGAUCUAGGAUCAGUUUAAUGAAUACGAUGACAUAGACAGCGGGCACCUGAUCCUUCUACUCUGAGACACUUUGUGAAUACGGCCCAGAUGUUUGAAUUGUGCAUUGUAACUCUCAUGAUGACUAACAGACUCCACUGUUCUCCGCUGUUCCAGGUGCAAGUGCAACGGACAUGCGAGUGAGUGUGUGAAAAACUACGGCUUCAGCAAGCCGGUUUGCAACUGCAAGCACAACACAGAGGGUGAUGACUGCAAUGUGUGCAAGCCGUUCUACAACGACCGUCCCUGGAGGAGAGCUACAGCCAAUAACCCUAACGAGUGUCUGCGUAAGUCAGUCCCAUGCUGUCCCAAAUGGCACCCUAUUCCCUAUGUAGUGCUCUACUUUUGACCAGAGUCCUAUGGGCCCUGGUCAUGGGCCGGUCAAAAGUAGUGCACUACAUAGUGAAUAGGAUGUCAUUUGGGACACUACCUAAGAGAUGAGUGUCUGCAUAAGUCCCAUAGCAAGAGAUCCUUCCCGUUUCUGUGCAGGCCAGGCCAGGCAGACAUUCAUAUCAUACCGCAAAUGCAUGACUAAUCCUGUUCAGAACAGUCCACACCACACUUCUCACGCCCACACCGCCUCAUUCUGCUCCAGGCCACAUAAUCUGUCUCCUAAGACCAAAUUUUGCCAGCAGACCACUUAGGGAAAAGUACCCCUGAUAUGGAAAAUGUACCAAAUGAAAUGACCCACCCUUAACUGCAGGGAAGAUUCAGGAUGAUAUUUGCGUUCAAUCACAUUACUAUGUAGUCCUACCACCUCCUUCCCCAUAUACAGUAAGUACCUCUACAUUGAACCCAUCCAUGCAUUGUCCUUAAAACUGUAUGGGAUAAACUAAUGGCUAGUUUACCAAAGCCUGGUAUGGAAAAUGUGCUUUUAGCUUUUACCACUCUUAAAUCCAGAGGUUUAAAAUCAUAUUAGUCUGUAGUUCUACUGUUCCCUCCCCAUGUACACAUACAUUGAUCCCACCCACACAUUGUCCUAUACAUUUGUAUGAGAUAAGCUAAUAUCUACUUUUUCUGGUGGUCCCAGCGUGCAACUGUAAUGGCAAGAGUGCAGAGUGCUACUUUGACCCUGAGCUGUACCGCGCCACCGGCCACGGAGGACACUGUCGCAACUGUGUCGACAACACAGACGGGCCUAACUGCGAGCGCUGCCUGGACAACCACUACAGAGACAGAUCUGGCAACCGCUGCCUGCCCUGCAGCUGCAACCCAGUGGGUGAGUGUCUGGACUAUACCAUUGCAUAUUUACAGUUUCUAUUGGGGUAAAAAGAUGUCUGUGUCCCAAAUGGUAUCCUAUUCCCUAUAUAGUGCACUACUUUUGACCAGAGCCCUACAGUGCACUAUUUAGGAAAUAGGGUGCCAUUUGGGUCGCAGACUUAGUGUUUCUAUUAGGGUAGGAAGAUACGUACAGUAUGAAGCCAGGCUUUGUUGUGAAGUUACUGCCCAUGUUGUCAUAUAUUGGAUUGAGCAACGAACCUUAAGUCUUAAUGUAUCAUUAAAUACUUACGGUUUCUGUUGGCUGUAUCGCAUUAGUGGAAACCAAGACUGUUCUCAGGGCAAGUCUGCCUGUUUUGACAGGCAGAUGUUACUUUUCGUAGCAGGUUAGGAGAGUUUAUGCAGUAGGUUAGGAGAAUUAGCAAGGCAGGUUAGGAAAAUGAAAGUGGCAGAUUAGGAGAAUUAUGCUAGGGUUGGCUAAAAUGCAAAAUUGUCCCAGACAUGACUUGAACAUAUCUAGCUACAACCAGGCCUGCCCUGAGAACAGUCUUGGUUUCCGCUAAUGCGAUGCCGCUUUCUAUUGGGUAAAACAAUAUACAGGAUGAAGGCAGUCUGUGUUUUGUAGUGCUGUGGGUUAACAUUUUAUUGGUUUGAGAGACAAACCGCAAGUCUUAAUAGGUUAAAGCUGUUGUUGACACCAGUAUGUUAAGUUUCAUAAUUCCUCUGCUCUAUAACCACAUAUGCUACCCUUGAAAACCACCACAAAACACAUGCGACGUGGACACCACCAGGGCUGUUAAACAAUGAUUGUCCGCAUGUGUGUAACAGUGUGUUGAAAUGAUGAACUGAUGUUGAUCUGUGCAUCUUCUUCCUCUCUACUGCCAGGCUCUCUGGCUACUCAGUGUGACAACACAGGACGCUGCAGCUGUAAACCAGGUGUGAUGGGGGACAAGUGUGACCGCUGUCAACCUGGCUUCCACACCUUGACCGAAGCAGGCUGCAGGUAUACACCACCAAGCCACUCACUCUUGCUAUUUGUGAUAUUUAUAUUUGCAUUGCUCCAGAUCAAACAAUCUUAAUGUUUUGUUAUGGUUUGUUCUGAUUUAUUUAUUGUUUGCUCUUAAUGUGUUUAUUUGGGAGUGAUAUGGAGGCGGGCUAUCUUAGGGUGUAUCCCAAAUGGCACCCUACUCCCUAUAUAGUGCACUACAUUUGACCAGGGCUCUGGUCAAAGUAGUGCACUAUAUAGGGAAUAGCAUACCAUUUGGGACGCGUUUCAGAGUUGUGUGCCAGGUCCAUUUAGAUAAACAGGCUCGCAGCAGGCUUGCUUUAGAUGGUUGCUAUCAGACCCAUGCUGUUUAUGUGAAUGGCUGUUCUUCUCCCUUCCCUUCCCCUCCCCCACCCCUCUUCUGUCCAGACCCUGCUCCUGUAACCCUUCCGGAAGCACACAGGAGUGUGAUGUCCAGACAGGCCGUUGCCAGUGCAAGGACAACGUGGAGGGCUUCAACUGUGACAGGUCAGACCCACCCGCUCUCUCCGCCACAGGGAUUCAUUACACAGACACACACACACAGACUCACACCCACACACAGUAACACACACAAAGAGAGGCACAGUACACACACAUUAUUUCCUUAUACCAAAAAUACACUCUAACAAGGUGGCUUUUCAGUUAGGAAUGUCUUUGUCUGGGAAUUGUUGAAUUUUUAUAGGUUUAGAAUUAAACAGGGUUACAAAAGACUGUCACUUUGGCAGUGAAAUAUCAGUUGGCUCCAUUCAGCGAGUGUAACACAGUUUACGGUAUCGUUUAUUGUGGAGGGAAACUGUUAAAGAUUAAUUGCAGCAUUUCAGCUCCUCUUCUGUUAUGACAUUCUUAGGUUAAACCACAGAUGUUUAAAAGCAGCCCCUGACACACAGGAGAAUGCCCCUCUCUCAGUGAAAGAAUGCUCUGUAUGUUUGUAAAAUUGAAUUAGGCAGGCAGCAUGGCUCCCCUAGCAGCGAAGGAGAAAAAAAUAACCCAUAGAUAGCUCACUCCUCCCCACUGAGACAGACUGGCAGCCAGGCCUUCUAUGGCUUCUCCCAAGUCCAGCCACCCAGCCAGUCACCACUGCCUUGUCUGCUGCCUGCCUGAGACACUCUUCUCUCUGCCUUUGUGGAAUGGCCACCACCUAACCCCCGCUCCCCCACCCCCAACAACGGCACCUUUUCGCUCCACAGCCCUGGCUCCACAGACACUGGUGGGUGUAACAUUCCUCCCAGCGACCCAGCUGGGCCACAGAUGGUAUGAAUAAUCCCCCAAGUGUGGAUGCGUCCCAAAUGGUACCCUAUUCCCUAAAUGGGGCCUGGUCAAAAGUAGUGCACUAUAUGGGGAAUAGGGUGCCAUUUUGGACACAUCCAGUUCGUCAGAUGCUGCAUGGUCACUCACAACAAGUGGCUAAAAUUACAGACCAGUGUUUGUCUGUCUAAAUUGUCAUUCUCCAACGGCUGUCAUUCGAUUAAGGUGUCAGCGCAUUUCACUCGAAAGGCAAUAUGGGACUCAUUAUAGAAUAUAGCCUACGCCUCAAACUGAAUGUCAAUACUUUCACAUUUCCAAGCCUAAAGCCCCAUUUUACCUCAGUUUCAUACAGUUAACGAAUGAUUUUCACGUAAUGAAAUGAAUUUACUACAGUAUAUGCUGACUUUAUCUCAUAUUUGCCGAUAGACUUACCCAUACUAAUAUAAUUUUUAAUGGAAGUUGAUGUUAAAUGGCUAAUGUGGUUUAUUUCAGGUGUAAGCUGGGCUACUUCAACCUGGACCCCCAGAACCCGCAGGGUUGCACUCCGUGCUUCUGCUUCCAGCACUCCUCUGUGUGUGACAGCGCAGAAGGCUACAGCAUCGACACCGUCUCCUCCACCUUCCACAGAGGUGAGCCCAUACUCACCUUUUCAUUAUGGGCUCAGACCAGGCUUACUUACUUUAUUAGUCAAAAAAUAAAUAAAAGCUGGAGUAAGUUUCUAGAAAUAUUCAGGAAGUACGCAAAUAUCACUGUUAAGAUUAGGAACAUUCAGAGGUAGUUGUGAUGUAAAGAUAUGCCUUGUUAGAAUUGAAUGUAACAAACAUGAAACCUGUUCCUAGAUGAUGAGCAGUGGACAGGCCAGCAGCGUGACGGCUCCAGUGUUUCAGUCCAGUGGUCCGCUGGUGGAGAGGAGAUCUCUCUCAUCUCUGAGGACUACUUCCCCAUGUACUUUGUGGCUCCAGGUACUGUGUGACUGACACUAACUCAAAUACUGUUCUUGAGAAAGAGGGACUUUUAUUUUUAAACUGUGGUGAAGAAGACUUCAUUGGCAUGAGCCUAUGGGGAAACUGAUUGCCCCAAAGACCUAUGGGAGAUGGUGUUUUAUCUAAAUUGUGGUGACUUCAUUGAAGUGAUCCUAACAAGUAUUUUCUUAUCUUGUUACUGUAGAGAGGUUCCUGGGCAAUCAGCUGCUGAGUUAUGGCCAGAACCUCACCCUGAACUUCCGGGUGGACAGGAGAGACACACGCCUCUCGGCUGAAGAUGUGGUACUGGAGGGGGCUGGCCUCAGAGUGGCUGUGCCUCUCAUUGCUCAGGGAAAUGCCUAUCCUGGGGAGAACAUGCAGACGUUUGUGUUCAGGUGGGUGGAAAUCAUGCAGCCGUAACCUACAGAUGUAGAAUACCAGCACAACAAAAGUGAAUCAUUUGUAGUAUGAAAGUUGGCUUUUUACCACCUAUUCUGUGGUAAUAACAUAAUUUAGAAAUUGUCACAUAGAAAUCAAAUGCAUAAAGUUGUCUUAUGUUAUCUGAUGUUGUGAAUGCCCCACCAACUGUGUUCUGUUUUUUUUCUGUCAGGCUCCACGACAGCACAGACUACCCCUGGAGGCCCACCCUCCCUCACUCUGAGUUCCAGAAGCUCCUGCACAAUCUGACGUCCAUCAAGAUCCGUGGCACCUACAGCGAGAGAAGUAUGCACCCACUCUUCCGCCCCGCCUCACCUCAUUUCACUAUGUAAACCAUACAUCCUGGUUCAGGGCCUGUAUUCACAAAGCAUCUCAGAGUAGGAGGACUGAUCUAUGAUCAUGUUUCCCCUGUACAUAUGAUCAUAUGUAUUAUGAUUUAAAGGGCAAAAAACGGAUCCUAGAUCAGCACUCUUACUUAGAGACACUUUAUGAAUACGGGCCCAAGCCUACAGUAGUAUCUGUAGGAUUGGACCAUGACAAGCUGCGAGUAAGUAGGGUCAAGCGAACUGAUAAGCUUGGAUUUCAUAUGCUUUUAUCAGUUCUGAGGACAUCUCUCAGCUAAUCACAGAGAGGAUGUUGAAACUCCAAUCUAGUCAUAAUAUUAGUGCUCAGGUUAAGGCUGUAUCUUUCUCAUUUCCCCUAAAGACACCACAUGGUGAUGUUUCCCCUGUUAUUGAAGUCAUCAGAUCCUCUCAGAACAAAUAUCCAGAUAACUCUAAGGACAAAAACAUAGUAAUAGUCACUUACCUCAAUACUUUAGACAUGACCAGUGAGGCCUAAUCAAUGAAAUGAAAAUGAAAAGCUGGGAGACAAGAAUGUUGGUGGUCUGUAUCUUUGAUUCCAUGUCAACAUUUCAGCUUAGUGGCCUUUCUCAAGACAAGAUGCAGACAUCUAAUCAAUGCUCAUCGUUCCCCAGGUGCUGGUUACCUUGACGAUGUGACUCUGAUCACGGCGAGGAGAGGUCCCGGGACCCCGGCACGCUGGGUAGAGAAGUGUACCUGCCCUCAGGGCUACAUGGGACAGCACUGUGAGGGGUGCGCCCUGGGAUACAGGAGGAGCAGACCAGACCUGGGGCCCUUCAGUUCCUGUGACGCCUGCAACUGUAACGGACACAGUGUCACGUGCAAACCCGACACAGGUCAGUGAGAUGACAAUGACUGGCUGAGUCCCUAAUGACCCUAUUCCCUAUAUAGUGCACUACUGUAGAGCGGGGCCCAUAGGGAAACAACAAGGAGUAGAGGUUGGAGACGAGUGCUCAAUCACCACAUGACUGGUUGGGUAUAUGACCCAGCCAGGAGCCACCUGGGGUUCUAUCUGCUAUGGCUAAAUGUGUCUGUGUUUGGAACAGUGGAAGAUUCAACAUUUUAAAGGUCCUUGUUAUAAUUGAACAGAACAUGGAGUAACAGAUCAUACCAACAUCAGCCAGUAAUAACACUAUAAAGAGGUUUGUCUGUGUGCCCAAUGGUUUAAAACAUGACUGAAAGGCAGCCUACUCUCUCCUCAUCUACUAUUGAAAGUUGUCUGGAUAUAAAAUAGUGGGGCCCUUUAAACUCUCAUCAGUCUUAGACUCCCCCCUGGUGGCAGCUAGGGAAAGGGAACAGGGGAUACCUAGUCAGUUCCACAACUGAACGCAUUCACCCGAAAUGUGUCUUCCGCGCUUAACCCAACCCCUCUGAAUCAGAGACAUGACGUGUGUGUUUGAUGUCUGUUUGAAGGGAUGUGUGACUGCAAACACAACACAGCUGGGCUCAGUUGUGAGAGGUGUAAAGAUGGUUACUAUGGAGAUUCCACUGUGGGGAGUUCCAGUGACUGCAAGCCCUGCCCCUGUCCCGGAGGAUCCACUUGUGCUGUCGUGCCCAAGACCAAGGAGGUUGUCUGCACCAACUGUCCCACAGGAACCACAGGUAAUCCUUUUUUAUUGUGAUUUAAUUUUUUUAAAUAAACAUGUAAAUAAUCUGGGAUGGAAACCGACAAUAGGCUUUACAGACGAGACUUUGCAGAUGUUUUUAUUUUUAUUUUAUUUCACCUUUAUUUAACCAGGUAAGCCAGUUGAGAACAGGUUCUCAUUUACAACUGCGACCUGGCCAAGAUAAAGCAAAGUAGUGCAAUAAAAACAACACAGAGUUACAUAUGGGGUAAAAAAACAUAAAGUCAGAAAUACAACAGAAAAUAUAUAUACAGUGUGUGCAAAUGUAGCAAGUUAUGGAGGUAAGGCAAUAAAUAGGCUAUAGUGCAGAAUAAUUACAAUAGUAUUAACACUGGAAUGCUAGAUGUGCAAGAGAUGAUGUGCAAAUAGAGAUACUGGGGUGCAAAAGAGCAAAAUAAAUAACAAUAUAGGGAUGAGGUAGUUGGGUGGGCUAAUUUCAGAUGGGCUGUGUACAGGUGCAGUGAUCGGUAAGGUGCUCUGACAACUGAUGCUUAAAGUUAUUGAGGGAGAUAAGAGUCUCCAGCUUCAGAACCACAGGUUCUAAUCAACUGUUUGGAAUAGUCUGUAGAUAGUUUUGAAAGUCGAAAAUACUGUUUUAAUUAUUUACUAUUAAUCACAAUUCAAGACUAAGUAAUGUUUAUUAUUAUUUUUUAAAUAAUUUUAUUUAUACAGGGGAUCAACUGAGACCAAGGUCUCAUUUGCAGUAGAGCCCUGUUUACAAUACAAAAAAAAAAAAACACAUACAAAUACACAGACACAAGACAUAUACGCAUUAAGAAAAACAAUCACAAUUAACAUUUAAAAGGUCAGAAAUAGAUUUUUUGAAUUGUCUAAGAGGCACUAGAACAUCCAUUCUAAGACUUUUUUGUAAAUUGUUCCACAUAUAAGGUGCAACAUAACUGAAGGAGCAUUUUCCAAUCUGUUUAGAAACUGGGGGGAUCAGAAGUGUAAUGUAAUUCAUUGACCUAGUUUUAUAAUUAGUAAUUCUAUAAGAGAUUAGAGAUAUCAGAUACAUUGGAAGUUUUUGCAUUAACGCUUUAUAGAUAAAUAACAUAAAAUGCUGCUCUCUUCUGGCGGUUAGAGGCCCAACCUACUUCUAGAUAUAAGGAACAGUGGUGAGUUUUAAAACCAGAACCAGUAAUGAACCUAAGGGCACAAUGAUAUACAGCAUCCAAGGGUUUAUGUGUGGAUGCUGCAGCAUGCAUGGAAAUAACAUCCCCAUAAUCCAAUACAGACAUAAAGGUGGCCUGAACCAUUUUCUUUCUAUUAACAGAUGAUAAACAGGAUUUGUUUCCGUAAAAUAAACCAAACUUAAACUUUGUAAAUGGAUAAAAACAUUAAUGUUCCAAAUUGUGUUUAUUGUAUGUACUUAUUUCUCAAUUCGGUUCAGAAGUUGUAGGUAUGGCACCUUUUAUUAGAUAUUCAAAUAUAUUCUUAAUCACGUAAUCCAAACUAUGAAUUGCAUCUUUCCCCAGGCAAGCGCUGUGAGCUGUGUGAUGACGGUUUCUUCGGAGACCCCCUGGGGGAGAACGGGCCGGUGAGGGUGUGUCGGGCCUGUAAGUGUAGCAACAACAUCGACCCCAACGCUGUGGGCAACUGUGACAGAGAGACCGGGGAGUGCCUCAAGUGUAUCUACAACACAGACGGCUUCUUCUGCGACCGCUGCAAAGAUGGCUUCUAUGGAAACCCUCUGGCCACCAACCCCAACGACAAGUGCAAACGUAAGAUGAGAAAAUGUCCAGCAUGACGUGUGGGUCAACGUAUGUGUGUGUAAAGUUGAGUUCCACAUACUGUACAGAUAUGACUGAUGUUGACUGAUGUGUUCCUCGGUGAUAAUGGGUCUCUCUCUCCUCCCUCCUGUCCCCAAAUAGACAAAGUAUUCUAUUCCAUUCUAUCCUGUGUACAGUUCAGUUCCACAUACUAUACAGAGAUCACUGAUGCUCACAGUGGUAGUCAUGGGUUUCUCUUGUCUCUCCUGUCCCCAGCUUGCUCCUGCUCUCCGUAUGGCACAGUGGACAGACAGACAAGCUGUCUACAGGUCACAGGCCAGUGCCCGUGUCUCCCAAACGUCACCAACAGGGACUGCAGUGCCUGUGAGCCUGGCUUCUUCAACCUGCAGAGCGGAACAGGUUGUGUACGGUUAGUACCCACUCUGGAGACCUUCACUCUUUACAGCUUUUAGUAGAAGUAUUUAUGAGUAGUCAAUAAGGUACUCCCUUGUAGAAAAGACAAAUAAAUGUAUAAUCUAAUUUUUAUUUUAUUUCUCACAUUUGAUACAAAAAUAAAGACCAAUAAAUAUGACUGCCUACCUAUUAUAUGAAGCUCUAUCUUGUCUGAUUGUGUUCACGGCUAUGUUUCACAGCUAAGUUGUAAUAUGCCUUGAUUUUCUUUUGGUGUCGUGACAGAUGCAACUGCAAUCCUAUUGGGUCCACCAAUGGUCAGUGUGACAUCAGUUCCGGUCAGUGUGAAUGCCAGCCCGGCGUCACCGGUCAGAGCUGUGAACACUGCGAGGUCAACUUCUUUGGAUUCGGAUCGUCUGGCUGCAAACGUAUGUCUAACAUACUUUUUCUUCUUUCUCUAUCCUCUACUAUUUUGAUUAAACUCUUACAACGUUUCAUAUUAUGGCUUGCAAAUCAAAUCAAAUCAAAUGUUAUUUGCCACAUGCGCCGAAUACAACAGGUGUAGACCUUACAGUGAAAUGCUUACUUACAAGCCCUUAACCAACAAUGCAGUUUUAAGAAACUGUGCGUUACUAUAUCACGUGUGGAGUUUGUGAUACUGUCUGAUGGGAAGAGAAUAUCAUUCUAACCUGAAGACUCCCCUCUGUAUUUGUCAUUCAAACCUCCACUCUGGAAUCACACUCAUGUUUUACGAGCCUCUUUAAUUUUGCUUAGUUUCUCAUCUCUCUUCUUCCUCUACUUCAGCGUGCGACUGCGACCCAGAGGGCUCCUCCACGACACAAUGUAAGGACGGUGGCCGUUGCGAGUGCCGCCCCGGCUUCGUGGGAGCCAGGUGUGACAUGUGUGAGGAGAACUACUUCUACAACCGUUCUACUCCCGGCUGCCAGCAGUGUCCAUCUUGUUACUCUCUCGUCAGAGACAAGGUAAAGACUCUUGGUGUUGUUUUUGUCAGUUGAUUAUUUUUGUAAAUAAAGUUUAGUUCUAGCACACCAACUCUCCUCCUUCCUUUCCUGUCUCUCUUCACUGUCUCUGUCCAAAUAUUUGUUUCAAUAUUAAGUAAAGUUGUGUGCUUGACAUGUCUGUAUAGCUGCAUAGGCAACCGCACUAACCCUUAUGGUUUUACUCUUACAUAGGUGAACCAGCAGAGACAGAAGCUGCAUGACCUGCAGACUUUGAUUGACAACCUGGGCUCCACGUCAGAGACUGUCAGUGACAAGGCCUUUGAGGACCGUCUGAAGCAGGCAGAGAAAGCCAUCAUGGACCUGCUGGAGGAGGCUCAGACCAGCAAAGGUACAAGACUCUAAAUAUGUUUUAUCUCCAUCUCUUCAUUCAAAGACUCAAUCAUGGACACUCUUACUGACAGUUCUGGCUGCUUCGCGUGAUGUAUUGUUGUCUCUACCUUCUUGCCUUUGUGCUGUUGUCUGUGCCCAAUAAUGUUUGCGCUGCUACCAUGUUGUGCUGCUGCCGUGUUGUGUUGCUACCAUGUUGUUGUCAUGUGGUGUUGCUACCAUGCUGUGUUGUCAUGUGUUGCUGCCAUGCUAUGUUGUUGGUGUGUUUUGUCCUAUAUUUUUAAUCCCAGCCCCCAUCCCAGCAGGAGGUAUUUUGCCUUUAGGUAGGCCGUCAUUGUAAAUUAGACUUUGUUUUUAACUGACUUGCCUAGUUAAAUAAAGGUAAAAUAAAAAAAAUAUCAAUUAAAAAAAUGUUUUUAUAUUUUUAAGUAGGUCUCACUAGCUUGAAACAACUAGAAUUAGACAAGAAAGGGUACAAGGCCCUUAUGUCCAUUUAACAUUUUUAAAGAUGUAUUCAGCGUAAUUAACUUGAAAGAAUGCUGUUCUAUCCCAGUAGAGUUAAAUCAAAUGAUUCAGGAAUGUGAGUUGUGAAUGCUGUUUUCAGUUAUGUAGUGGGUUGGUAUACACACAUCCAUAAAACCUUGUCCCAGGUGCUGGAUCAGAGGAUAAUGUAGAAUUUACUUUUAUUACCUUCUUGUUCUAUAUUUUCAGAUGUAGACAAAGGCCUGCUGGAGCGCCUGGGAAACCUGAACAACACUCUGACCACUCAGUGGAACCGUCUGCAGAACAUCAGGAACACUGUGGACAACACGGGAACCCAGGCCGACAAAGCCCACAACCGGGUCCGAGACGCUGAGAACCUGGUCGACCGCGCCCGCGAAGAACUGGAUAAGGCCAAGGAGGCCAUCAGCAAACUGGUCGGUCAUCCCCUAAUGAUCAUUUUGAGAAAUUAUUUGUUUUAUACAAUAUUCGUCCAAUAUUUUACCAUAUAUGAUCAGUUUCUAGAAUGAAAGUUUUCCUUUUUUUGUCAUGCUGCUUGGAACAAUAUAAUUACAUAUUUAAUCCCUAGAAUGGACAUUAGCAUCCUAGCAACAUGACAAAAAAAUUAACACUUUCAUUCUAAAAACGGAUCAUAUAUGGUAGAAUAUUGUAUAAAACAAAUAAUACAAUUAUGUAUGGUAGGAUCUCUAUGCUUGGAACACCAUCGCUUGAUCUCACCGCAUAAUGUUAUUUGUCUAUUUUUGUGGCACAAACCCCCAGUCCUUAUCUGUUCCCGUAGCACAAUGAACAAUGUCCUCCUGCAUGAAAAAUAAUUAUAACGGGGGUUCAUUGAUUUCAUACAUUAUUAUUUUUCUCGCCCAGGACAUCAAAACACCCUCAAACACUGCAGAUCCUAACAACAUGACUCUUCUGGCAGAGGAAGCUCGCAAUCUGGCCGACAAGUAAGAACUGCUACAAUGAUGAAACAAUUGUUGUUCUCUGAAAUGUAUUGCCCCAUACAAUCCACCCUGUGGUCUGGGAUGUGCUAUUCUUGGCUGAAAAAUGUGGAACAUGCAAAAAAAUUAAAUAAGAAUUGCUUAAAUUAAAUCAAUAUAAUUGGUAGAUCAUAAGAAAAACGUAUAUUCUUGGGCGUGUGAACACUAUCACCACUUUUGAUCUUAUUUUUCUCGAGCUGCAAGAAGCCCCGUCCCGUAGUCUAUGAAAAAUAUAAGCCUCAUCCUGUUACCUCUGUAGACAUAAAAUGGAUGCGGAUCAAAUCGAGAAGAUCGCCAAGGAUGCCAACGACACGUCCACCAAGGCUCUCAACCUGCUGACGAAGACUCUAGAUGGCGAGGGCAAGACCAACCAAGACAUUGACGAGCUCAACAGGAAGUAUGUCACUGUCAGCAACAGCACUUUUCUAUGAUGAUUCCUCCUUUAUUUUCUAAAUCAAAAUAAAUCACAUUUCAGGAUCAAACAUUGAUUCUGUCCUGAACAUGUCAUAAGCUAGUACAGGUUCAAAUCCCCUCACCAGUUUUAUAAUCGGAACUGUCAUGUUCACCUUCUCAGGUACAAUGAAGCAAAGGACCUGGCUAAGAACCUGGAGAAACAGGCCAACAAGGUGCAUGCUGAGGCAGAGGAGGCAGGCGACAAAGCCCUGAAGAUCUACGCUAACCUGACCAGCCUGCCACCCUUCAACACCAAAUCACUGGAGGUCAGUUACAUGAAGUGACUGUAACCCUCCUAAAAUAGUGCACUACUGGUCAAAAUGUGUGCGCUAGAAAGGGAAUAGGAUGUCAUUUGGGACGCAGGCACCGUCAACAGGAGUCUCUUCAUUGAUGAAACAACCCUUUGGAAUAUGUUCCCAGUCUCGAAUGAGUGACAGGAUACUCUCCAGAUUCAUUGAAAGGGUUUGUGUAUCACAAGACAUACAGUCCCGUGUAGCUCAGUUGGUAGAGCAUGGCGCUUGCAACGCCAGGGUUGUGGGUUCGAUUCCCACGGGGGACCAGUAUGGAUAAGAGCGUCUGCUAAAUGACUAAAAUGUAAACAUUUUAAUGUUAAUGGCCAUCAGGACAUUACUGAAGUCGUUUCCAAGUCUUGAAGGAUAACUUACCUUGACUUCUGAUUACAGGAUGAAGCGAGCAAGAUCAAGAAGGAGGCGUCAGACCUGGACAAGCUGAUUGACAAGACCGAGAAGGAGUACAAUGACCUGAGGGACGACCUGAAAGGGAAGGAGACUGAGGUCCGCAAGCUGCUGGAGAAGGGAAAGACUGAGCAGCAGGUAGGACAGGAGACCAUUACUUAGGGUUGCAAAAUUUUGAUAACUUUCCCAAAUUCCCAGGCUUCCAGAAAUCCCAGUUGGAGGAUUCCCUGAUUUCCUGCUUAUUCCAGCCUGAUUCCAGGAAUCUUCCAACCAGGAUAUCUGGAAAACCAGGGGCCUCAUAACAAUUUUGUAAAUGUCACACUAAAUAUCUGCGUGCACCAUUUAUGAAAGGAAUACUUACGUUUCACAUACGCAUGUUUCCCGUUAUAAAUACGACCCAUCCUAAAACUGAGCGCGAGUGAACAAGCAUUAUACCUCCGCCUGAAAAACACCCUCCAUUCACUAAGGCUGGGAAUUGCCAGGGACCUUGCGAUAUGAUAUGAUCCCGAUACUUAGGUGCCGAUACAAUGUAUAUUGCGAUUCGGUACUGUGAUUUUAUUGUGAUUCGAUGUUCCAAACAUGUUGCUCAGCGUAUGUCUGCUGCAAAGGGACAAGAGAGAGCCAUGAGAAAACCAGUUUUGAUCAGUCAUGGAAAUAAAAGUGCUGAUAACGCCCCAUUAUUUGCUGUGUAACUUUGAACUAUUGGAAUUAGGCCACGGUGGUUUCUAAAAGAAAGAGCAAUGGCAAAUUUUAUAACAUUUCUGUAGAGGUGUGGGCAGAAUGUUUGGAUAUUUUGCAGUGACUUUUUCAAGCUAAACAUGCAUGCCAUACACUGUCCGCGCGUUCUGCAAGAUUGAUUGUAUAUUUGAAACAAUUUAAAAGUAAAUGCCACUGCCCACACUUCUAUGCAAAAUACUAAUUGUUGUUAAAUAUUUUAUUCAUCAAUAGUAGGGCAGACCCCAAUUAGUCGACUGGUCGAUUGUUUGGUCGUUAGGCGUUGGUUAACUAAGAUUGUUUUAGUCGAGCAGUAACAAAUAUAUAUAUAUUUGCACCCAUCUCAGUGAACUAAUCCAUUGCGGAGGCCUAAACUAAAAGCCAAUUUGUGCUUGAUCCGAAAAUGUGGUCGGAGGCUCCAUUUGGAGGGUGUGACGCAAUUGUGGAGCCUCCAGAGGCAUGCAGAGGCCAAAUCAAGCUCUGUACCGCAUCGCCAUGCACCUCCCAAAUUGUUUUACAAUGCGGAGGGCUCUGUAUAGCACUUCUCUCUCCAGAAUGCGCUUUCUCCCGCCAAUUUGUGCACAUUCAUAACUUCAUUGUUCUAAUUGUUUGCGUUUGAUUGUUAGUGUAUAUCAAUUCCCCAUUACAUAUAUCAUCAGUAGUACAUUUACCUAUAAUUUCUAAUCUACAAUGUUUGUUACUUUGGUUACGGUAAUUUCUGUUAAUGCAUUCAAUAUUAUUAUUCCAGUCUUUCUAUUGUCAUUGUCGGAGUGGACACAUUGUUUGCAGAGUGCACAACCUAUGCUACACUUGUGAGAAACGCGUUUCUUGUUUAUUUCAUUCCAUUGAUGAGUUUUGUCAAUUUAGUCAUUGUCUUUUGUUUGGUGCUCUCCUGACAAUGUUGAGUAAGUUGUGAGGCUGGUUGGACCUACUGCUGUUUAAUCAGCUUAUUGAUAUGCCACACCUGUCAGGUGGAUGGAUUAUCUUGGCAAAGGAGAAAUGCUCACUAACAGGGAUGUAAACACAUUUGUGCACAACUUGAAAUAAGCUUUUUGUGUGUAUGGAACAUUUCUGGGAUCUUUUAUUUCAGCUCAUGAAACAUGGGACCAACACUUUACAUGUUGCGUUUAUAUUUUCAGUGUAAUUGCAGUAGCUUACUUACAGUGGUAGCAUACAUACUUCAAUGUAAAAGAUCAACUGCCUGUUCAACUGUUAAAUUUGACUGUGCAGCCUAUUAUAAACCACACUGCCUAUUGGAUCGCAUACAGCGAAACUUGAAAUACAUAUAGCCUAUCUAUGUACUUGGCUACUAGGCCCAAUUUAAAUGAGAGAUUUGUACGGGAAUAUGAACCAAUCACGGCCAGAAAAGGUGAGGAAUUUAUUCUGCAAUCGUUAUGAAAAUAAAAGAAAUAGGAAAUAGGUCUUAAUUAUUUUAGAUUCCAAAAAUAAAACAGAUUUUCGCUGUAGCGUGUCAUCACAUCCCCCAUUUGCACAAAAUAUGCCUACUUACUUGCCUGCUUGCAAUACAAUACUUCAGCCAUUAGAUAUUUGCGAGGAGUUAAGCACAUUCUCACGUGAAGUUCAGUUUUUAUAAAUGCCAUCUUUUGCAUGAAAACUGGCGGAUGCAUGUUUUGUACGUGCGCAACGUUUAUAAAUGAGGCCCCUGGGAAUUUUGGGAACGUUACUAGAAUUUCGCAACACUACCUUUACUUUCUCUUUCUUUCUUGUGUCUAUAACCUUUGCUCUAAAUAGACCAACGUCAACAUGUGAUCUAUGCCUCGCAUGUAUACCUUGUAAGGUGAUGGUUUCCCCAUUGAAAAAGCUGGGGUUAGCUUUAGCAUGCCUCAUUAAAUAGAAAAUGACCACAUUGCAUAUGUGACGAAUUACAACAGUAUUUAUGGGCCUCCUCACUCGUUCAGCCACUAAGUAUAGUGAUAAUGAGCAAGCCGUAAAUCCUGAAUUAUUCAAAUGAAUUGAGUAAUAUGCAGGGCUCUAAAUUAACAUGUUUCAUUGGUAGCACUGGCGCUACUAACUAAGAAAAGUUAGGAGCGCCACGUACAUUUAUUUUAUUUUAUUGAUUGAGAUACAGCCUACAUUGGGCCUAUAUGAAUCCUACUUACUUUUGAAGCACAUAUCCUGAAGAAGAUAUCAAUUUUAUUUUCUUUCUGUGACACCAAAUGUGUGUAUAUACUGUGAAAGUUGGCAAGUUGUUAGUAGGGCUGCACAAUGUGGGCAAAAACAUACUACUAAACUAAACUUAUUACUGCGAUUUGUCAUCCAAAUAUUGAGAUUUUUCUUGCGAUAUAGCAAGCUAAGGUGACAACAAAGCCUGCCACGUUUCCCAGUUGCUUUGAAUGUUCAAAGCCUCAAAGGAUAAGGUUAUCCAACUUUAAAACGAGUCCUUUUCGGUUGGCCACAGCAGUCAACUAGCUAGCUAGGUAGCUGUUUAGCUUUCUAGCGCAUUCACUAAUUUGUUUGUAAAUAAUUAACAAGCUAGUUAGCUACCUCAAACUGUCAACAGAGUAGCUAGCAAGCAACAAGAUAUGCCAAAUAACAGUCUAAAAACCACUUGAGAUUUGACCGGGAAUCGGAUUUGUAUCUGACUUCAAACCACCUACGAAGGUGGCUUGAAAUAUCCGAUUCCAUGUGCUUUUUGUCCAGACUGCAAGAAAAAGAACAGAUUAGAAUCGGAUAUGGCAAAAAAUGUGAGUCACUUCAAUCUGCCAAUGUGAGCAGGGCGUAAUAGUAUAAUAGAGAAAACAUGGAAUGCAGCAUCGUUCAUGUUUUAGAAGAAUAUGUUGAGUGCAUGAAUUGACAGCAUGCUGAGAGAAUAACAGCAUGGAGGAACUGUGUGCUGCCUGCUUCAGUAACGGUGGGCAGGGCUUGGUGAGUGUGGCCCGGGAACUGGAAGCAAGUGUUGCGGCGAAAUAUUGUUACGCAUUGCUUUUAUUAUUGGAUUUUCUUUUGGUCACACUGGUGCUCCCAAACUAAAAUUCCAGGUCAUACAGCAAAGUAUUUGGUCGCGCUGUAGAGCCAUGGGGGGUUUUCUGUUUUUGUUGGACAUGUUAACAGUUCAUCCCAAUGGUACUGAUGGCUCCAGCCUGAAGUUUCCCAUAGGUACAAAUCUAGUAUCAGCUUCCCUUCCCCCAAUCCUACCCAUAACAUCCUGUGGGGAAACUGACCCAAGAUCAUUGUCUAGGGGCAACUUCACUUUACUCCGGACUGAUGACAGAUUCCCCAUCUCUCUCUCUCUGUCUGUCCCUGCAGACUGCAGAUCAGUUGCUGGCUCGUGCUGAUGCUGCCAAGGCGCUGGCUGAGGAGGCUGCCAAGAAGGGGAGGUCCACCUAUCAGGAGGCCCAAGACAUUCUGGGAAAUCUGAGAGGUACGUAGGAACAGGACUGGUAGAGAGGCCAGGGAAGGGUCCCUCUCUGCCCCAUAGUGAGUCACCAGUAUUUUUUAUCCCAUAUUAGAUACGUAAUCGAUCUGUCUUCUCAUUGCCCUUCUACAUUGUCAACACAGACUUUGACAAGAGGGUGAACGACAACAAGACGGCAGCUGAGAACGCCAUGAAGAGAAUCCCAGAGAUCAACGCCACCAUUGCUGCAGCCAAUGAGAAGACCAAGCAGGCUGAGGGGGCGCUAGGCAACGCAGCGGCAGACGCAAAGGAGGCCAAGAGCAAGGCGGAGGAGGCCGAGAAGAUAGCCAGCGCUGUGCAGAAGGUACAUUAUAUUAUAGCUAGAUACAUGAUAUUACCAUUGUUUAUGCUACAGUCCUGAAAUGGCAGGGCCAAAAUCAAUGGUGGCUCUUGAUAUAAAGUGUCUAUAAAUGGUGUCUCAGUAGAUUAAAUGUUUUGUUGAUUUGUUUUUGUGAUGAUUUAAUGUGAUGUUUCACAUAAAAUAAUAAACCCUCUAUGUCCCCCUCUCAUCUGAUGUUUCACAUAAUAAACGAUUAAACCUAUAAUAAAUUAUAUACCUACUUUCAAAUUGUCAACAUCACUAAUCCUUCUCUGUCCCCCUCUGCCUGUGGACCCCACAGGGCUCUGCUAAGACCAAGGCGGAUGCAGAGAAGGCCUUUGAGGACACCAUGAAGCUGGAUGGGGAGGUCAAUGGCAUGAUGGACCAGCUGAGUGCAGCAGAGGCAGAGUUGGCCAAGAAGAAGGCUGAGGCUGACCAGGACAUGAUGAUGGCUAGCAUGGUGCGUGUCUGUCUUGGCGCAUCCCAAAUGGCACUCUGUGUAGUGCACUACUUUUGACCAGAAGUAGUGUACUAUAUAGGGGAAUAUGGUACCAUUUGGGAUGAAUACUCUGUGUCUGGGGCUCUGUUGUUUACAUCCACUGAUAUCAUUAGAUUCUCAUAAUCUUAGGAACCCAAUACUUAGGAAUUCCUAGAAGAUCUCUUUGGGUUGGAAAUCAGCCCUAAGAGCUCUGAGUGUUUGUGCAUAGAAGCAGUCUACACAGAGCUGGAGUUGCAAAAUGUGUAUAGUCCUUGUCAAAGUUAUUUAGAGACAAUGAGAUUAAACAAUAAGCAAUAGGAAGUGGAUGAGCAAGCUACUGAAGGUUAAAGGACCUCAUAAGUGUUUAUUGAUUUACAACUAUCUUCGUUGUGGUCUGGAAUCCUGACUCUGACAUGUCAACUAUGUUGUUUUGGUAUUUCAGGCAUCAGACAAUGCGAAGGAAGCUGAGGACAAUGCCCGGAAAGCCAAGAGCGCUGUCAGGACCGUUCUCAACACCAUCAACGACCUGCUUAAGUCACUGGGUGAGUGGUAUUUGAUUUAGCAAACUGGUUAUUUCUGUAGGUGUAAGAAUACAAGCAGGGAUAUAAUUGUCUUGUGAUUCUGUUCUGUCAUUGUUUCUGGCUUGUGCAUCGUGUGUAACCAAACAAUAUUCCAUCAGUCAGGGUUUUACUUGCACAAGUCAAAAUGGCUGUACUGACAGUCUUAAAUCAUUGAGCUAAAGCUUACACCUCCUCAUUUCCUUUUCAGGCAACAUUGACAAGGUGGACCUGAGCAAGCUGGGCUUGAUUGAGGGGUCGCUGAAGCAGGCCAAGGACAAGAUGGCGAACAGCGACCUGGACCGCAAGCUGGUGGAGCUGAACGACGUGGCCAAGAGCCAGGAGGAGAUGAUCACUGACUACGACAGGCAGAUCAGGGAGAUCCAGUCUGACAUCGCCAACCUCAACGACAUCAAGAACACGUUACCCGACGGCUGCUUCAACACCCCAUCCCUAGAGCGGCCUUAACACCCUCUAUCCCCACCCUCUAUCCCAACCCCUGUACCCUUCCUCAUAUCCCGUCUGUACCACUCCUUCCCACAUCUAACACUCGGACAGAAUGCCACCUUUUUACCAAAACAGUUUGUAUUUUUUGGUCUUUUGUUUGUUUCAUGUUUUUAAAGAAAGCAAGAGGGAAGAGUAUAAGCAGCAGAACGUGAAAUGAACUAAGGGCGGUCGACAAAAACCGUGCAUCCAUUCUCCUUAGGUGCAGCCGGUUAGGAGAGGUGGCAUACCUCGCUCCAGAGUAAUGAAAACCCACAUGACUGCACCACCUCCAGACUGUUCCUACACUACUAUGAAGAGGAAUCACAACCUAAAUCACCCCAACAGAGAAAACAAGGAAAAAUGUCCUCAGCCUUUUCAGAUGGGUCUGUCUCAUAUUAUAAACCUUUUUUUAUUUGAUAUGGUAUCAAACAAGUUAUCCUUACCCAUCAUUCUAGACGCAAGGGCAUGUUGGGAAUGGUUUGUCUGUGAGAGAUUUGUUUUGCUAUAGGUAUUGAGCAACUUUCAAUACAUAUGUGCCAUCCUCUGUGUUAUCAACCAUUUUGUUUUAAAAAACAAACCGUGAAGGAAUCCUCAAGUUUCUGUUUGAUUUGCCUCCAUUCGCUCCCAAAGCUACAUGUCUUGCAUGGAGAAAGUAUUCCUGUUAUUAUACAUUUUUACAGUAUUCAACACUACUACACAUUCUGUUCCACAUGCACAACUGAAAAGCUGUUGAAUGAAACCAGCUAGUGGGUCUUUAAAAUGGCUCUGAUAUGUUUGCCAGUUGAGACAGGCCUCUACCGCCCAGCGAAACAUCAUGGUUAAAUAUCAUUUAAAUCAUUUAUUUUAACACUUGAUUUUUGAGUGUUUUUUCCUCCCGAAGCUGCUGCUUAGUACAGGUUUGCUGCAAAUCACACAUUAACAUUCUACACUACAAGGCAAAAUUCUACACUAUGCAACUUUGUACGUUUGCGUAGCAAGACUUUAUCUGAU